AUGAGUAACACCUCCCUCGCCAUAUCCUCCGCUGCCGCCAGGGGCGACAUUCCCCUCCUCUUCUCGCUCCUAUCAAAACACCGCAGCACAAAACUCAUCUAUCAAAACUUCCUCGACCUCGCCCUCCGCCACGCAGCUGAAAACAGCCAAAACAUCAUCGUCGAAGCACUCCUGCGGCACGGCGCCCGAGUCGAGAGUCCAGGUCACACACCCGCGAUCCGGAUAGCAGCGAGGUCUGGGAAUCCCGAGACGGUCGAGGUCUUACUUGCGCGGUAUCGAGUCUUACCAUUCUGGCCGUACCUCUACAGACGGGGGAAAUGGAUGGGCGCGUUCCUUGAUGCGGCGGCUGGUGGGAGGGUGAGUGUUGUACGGGUUAUGUUGAAGAAUGGGCUUGAUGCGGAUUUGAGGUAUCAGUGCGAGGAUCGUGCUUCUGGAUCUGGUGCGCAGGGGAGGUGUGGGAGUUGUCGGAGUGAAAGUGCGAUCCAGCUUGCUGCGCAGUAUGGACAUGGCGAGGUCGUGGAGCUUUUGCUUCAUCGGGGGGCGAAGCCGGGGACGGAGAAGGCGGGUGAAUUCACGGCGCUGCAUCGUGCGGCGAGUCGUGGUUUUGAGGUGAUUGUGCGACAACUACUAGCCGCAGGAUGGGAUCCGAAUGAGGCGGACGAGGGAAAAAAGACGCCGAUGUAUGAGGCAGCUGUGCAUCACCAUAAAGGGACCUUUAACAUGCUGCUGGAAGGUGGCGGGAUGAUUGGGGAUAACGAGGGAGAGUAUCUCCAUGCGAUGGUUCUAUCGUCGAACAGCAAUGCUCUGGCGAUGAUCCUCCCACAUCUGCCGCCAGAGUCAUUCUCUCGCUUCGCCGGGACCCAAGGGCUACACGGUGAUAUCCUACAGCGAGCCGUGGAUACAAAAGACGCACCGAUCGUACGCCUCAUCCUCACCUACGCGAAAACCCACUCCCUCCUCAGCGCCCUCGACUACACCCGCGCCUUCACCACCGCCGCAUCAUCAUCGAGCAGCGCCGAAACAAUCGACCUGCUAAUAACACACUGCCCCUGGGGUCAACGCACACGAACGCAGCACAUCUUCUCCUUUAUCAACAGACAAGCUGCGGUUGGCCACCCCGACGCCGUGUUACAGCUGAUAGAGUGGCACUUUGAGUUCGGGCAGGAUGACUCUCUCAUAGAGACAGCAUUUCUAUCUGCCAUUGUUCACGGGCAGGUACGCAAUGUGCGCGAGCUGAUUGAGACGGCUCGGGUGGAUAUAAAUGGUAUGAUCGUCGCGAACCGAUGCAGUUGGGAGCCGGGACGACGCGGGGUGCCCUAUGCCCAGGGUGGCACCGCACUGCAUUUUGCUGCGGGAUAUGGACGGGUGGAUGUAUGCAGGGUGCUCAUCGAGUAUGGGGCUGAGCUCAACAAGAGGGACGAGGAGGGCUGGACGGCGUUGCACAAGGCGGCGAGGAAUGGCCAGGUCGAGACGGUGGCGCUGCUGAUUGAGCACGGGGCUGGGCUCGAGGCGACUAGCGAGAAAGAAGGAUUGACGGCGAUGCAUACGGCUGCUUCCGCAUCGUAUCGAGGCGAGGAGGUAGUGAAAUGCCUUUGGAAGGCUGGUGUGGAUAUCGACGCCCGGAACAGUGUUGGGAAGACUCCCCUGCAUUUGGCGGCGCUGGAAUGGUCGGGCAAGGCAUUUGAUUGUUUGGUGUCGUUGGGUGCGGAUACAAGUGUUUCUGAUGACGAUGGUCUCACGCCGAGACAGUAUCGCAAUCGCAGACUGCGCGGGAGAUUGAGAGACUUGAGCGAUAAGAGGAAACGAUGA